AUGAAGGCAGCGACAGUGCAGGCCACGAGACCUGACACCAUCGAGGAUUGGUGUAUUCUGGUGCCACAUCUGCUCUCACAGAAGGGUUGGCAGACCCUCGUACAGAAGCCGUCGGCCGCGCUCCUCCAGUCCAGCAGUCGUUGGGGUGACACCUUGAUCAAGGUCCUGCUUCAGGAUGUUGUUGUCCUAAGUCCUCCAGAAGAUCCUGCCUUCUUCUUGUCUCGGCCUGAAACACGAGCGUGGAGCUGUGCGUAUCGCCCUGAUCCAGUCAAUGAGGAGGUUCGUGAAGUGAGGAAGCUGCACGCUCCCGGGACAUGCUUGGAGAUCUUCUGGGCGGACUGGCCAUGGAUCCGGCUGUGUGACACUUUGUUUGGCAUCCUGCACUCGCAGCACAGGCUCGGCACCUUAUGUUUUGGGCAUUCCGCACUACCCGUGACAACAAUUGAACGGGUAAGACGGAACUAUCCAGAUAAGGGAGACUGCUCUCUCACUUGGAGGGACCAGAAUGACCUGAGCGAAGCCUUGGCGUGCAUGUUGCUGUGUCGACUGCAAGGGAAUGGGCACUAUACGGUACAUUUUGUCAUGGGGACGUCAUUGGGCUUUCAGAUGCCCAACUGGGCAGCUGAUGCUAUUCGGCUGGUACUAGAUGCGUUCAGAUGCGAGGCCAUUCGCCAUUUCAACAGGCCACAGCUUACCCUGGAGCGGGAGAGGGAUAGGACACUCUACAUGGUGCUCAGCAUGACGAGCUUCGGUUUGAGGCUACCCAUGAUCCCUUUUCUGGGUGCAGAGACGGGCGAGAUGGGGCAGCUGACCGAUAUCAAGGCUGGCCAAGAGUUGGGGUUCUCAACGUGGAUCCCAUACGAUCCUGUCAUGGUGGGCAGUGGUGCGUUCCGCUUGUCGGAGUACCUCUGCCUGUUCUUCCGAAGAGCCGGUGUGAAUGUAAGCGUGUAUCAAUCCCUGGAUGGGCAAGAAUUACUGCCGUAUCAGUGUGUGGUGCAGCGGGAGGAAUGGUACGCGGCCAGAGCUCGUUUCAAGGCAGUGUUUGCUUUGCAGAAGACUGCGUACCGACGUGCCAAUGGGCGAACAGCUGUACCGAGGAUUGUCGAGGAGUGCGCACCGCGCUUUUGUCGUGAGGUGGUCGGAAGCUCUUUGAAACAGGUUAGACUGCAAUCGGAUCUUUGUGAGCUAGUGCACAAGACUUUCCGCGAACUCCCAGAUGGUGUCGGAUUUGGUAGCGGCUUUGCACAUGGAAGACGCUGUCGCACAUUAUCACCUGUGCGGUGA